UCCAGUCCUUAAAAACCCACAGUCACACCAGACCUUCAGGAACUACAGGACUUAUUUAUUAUAGUGGAGAAAUCAAAAAGUGUGUGUGUGUGAGUGUGUGUGUGUGUUUGUGUGUGUGUUUGAGUGUGUGUGUGUGUGUGUUUGAGUUUGAGUGUGUGUGUGUGUUUGAGUGUGUGUGUGUUUGUGUGUCUGUGUGUGUUUGAGUGUGUGUGUGUGUUUGAGUGUGUGUGUGUGUGUCUGUGUGUGUUUGAGUGUGUGUGUGUGUUUGAGUGUGUGUGUGUUUGUGUGUCUGUGUGUGUUUGAGUGUGUGUGUGUGUUUGAGUGUGUGUGUGUGUGUCUGUGUGUGUUUGAGUGUGUGUGUGUGUUUGAGUGUGUGUGUGUUUGAGUGUGUGUGUGUGUGUUUGUGUGUUUGAGUGUGUGUUUGAGUGUGUGUGUGUUUGUAUGUCUGUGUGUGUUUGAGUGUGUGUGUGUUUGAGUGUGUGUGUGUUUGUGUGUCUGUGUGUGUUUGAGUGUGUGUGUGUGUUUGAGUGUGUGUGUGUGUCUGUGUGUGUUUGAGUGUGUGUGUGUGUGUUUGAGUGUGUGUGUGUUUGAGUGUGUGUGUGUUUGUGUGUUUGAGUGUGUGUGUGUUUGUGUGUCUGUGUGUGUUUGAGUGUAUGUGUGUGUUUGAGUGUGUGUGUGUUUGAGUGUGUGUGUGUUUGUGUGUCUGUGUGUGUUUGAGUGUGUGUGUGUGUGUUUGAGUGUGUGUGUGUUUGACUCUAUUUUUAGUUUAUUUUUAUAAAUUAUUCUAUUUUUAGUUUAGAAUAAUUAAAUGGUGUUACAGUGAUUUGGUUGCUAGGGUAUUCUGGGAGGUUGCUUGGGUGUUUCUAUAUGGUUGCUAGGGUGUUCUCUGCGGUAAGAAGUGAGUUGCUAUGUGGUUGCUAGCAUAUAGUAGGGUGUCCUGUGUGGUUGCUAGAGUGUUCGAAGGUUGCUUGGGGAUUCUGGGAUAUUGCUAGAGCGUUGCUAUGUAGUUGCUAGGGUGUUCUCGUGGUUUAGAGCUAUGUGGUUACUAGCAUGUGCUCUGGUUGCUAGAGCGUUAUGUGGUUAAUAGGGUGUCCUGUGUGGUUGCUAGAGUCUUUCUAUGCGGUGGCUAGGGGAUUCUUGGUGGUUGUUAAAGCAUUGAUAUGCGGUUGCUAGGGUGUUCAGGGUGUUGCUAGAUUGUUGCUAUUCGGUUGCUGGGGUGUUUUGGGUGGUUUGUAGAGCAUUGUUAUGUGGUUGCUAGGGUGCUCUGUGUAGUUGAUAAAGUGUUGCUAUGCAGUUGCUGGGGUGGUUCGAGUGGUUUGUAGAGCAUUGUUAUGUGGUUGCUAGGGUGUUCUGUGUGGUUGAUAAAGCGUUGCUAUGCAGUUGCUGGGGUGUUUUGGGUGGUUUGUAGAGCAUUGUUAUGUGGUUGCUAGGGUGCUCUGUGUGGUUGAUAAAGUGUUGCUAUGCAGUUGCUGGGGUGGUUCGGGUGGUUUGUAGAGCAUUGUUAUGUGGUUGCUAGGGUGUUCUGUGUGGUUGAUAAAGUGUUGCUAUGCAGUUGCUGGGGUUUUUUGGGUGGUUUGUAGCGCAUUGAUAUGUGGUUGCUAGGGUGUUCUGUGUGGUUGAUAAAGUGUUGCUAUGCAGUUGCUGGGGUGUUUUGGGUGGUUUGUAGAGCAUUGUUAUGUGGUUGCUAGCAUGUUUUCAGUGGUUGCUACAGUGUUUUGCAGCAGUGUGACAGCACACCUGUCUUCAACAAGAGCACAAACACUGCAGGACCACCUCACACACUUUACAAACACCACUCAAUAAGUUUUUCUCCCAUUUAUUAAAUAAUCCUGUUCUGAAUGUGGACACGUGAGGUUGUUUUCUAAUAACUGUUUAAUUUUUACAGUGUACAAUCUGAUUGAAUGGUCGAGAGAGAGAGAGAGAGAGAGAGAGAGACCAAGCGUCUGACCAGAGGGUUGAGCUCUGCCAGCCAAUCAGCUCUCACUCUCAGCUGACAGACACCACUGACUGGCCAAUCAGAGUGUGUAUGUGUGUGAUGGGUGGGGCUUGUGUUCCAGCAGGGUUACUAUGCAGCGGUGGGCGGGGCUUGAGUGUUGGAGUGGCAGUGAUGCGAGCGGGUGAUCAGAGAGAGAGAGAGAGAGAGAGAGAGCGUGCUGUGAUUUUGCUGUGCGUCUCUCUCACUGCAGCUGUGCAUGCGACCAUUAGCACCCAUGUAUGUAUGUGUGUAUGUGUGUGUGUGUCUUCAUGCAGGCAAGCGUUCUUCAUACAGCGCUCCGUGAAUUCACAGCAUCACCGAAGGAUUCAGCGCAUCUGUUGCCGUGGUGAUGGGCUGCCGACUGUCACGGCCGUGGAUGAGCGACAGUAUUGGGGUUCACGGUCGGGAUUUGAAGCACCUGCAGAACCGAGAGGCCUUUCGUAUCCUGGCCAGCUAUGAGCAGCCAAUCACACUUCAGAUUGAUGGACGGAGGGGGCGGAGCUUGCAGUAUAACAGGACGACGGACUGCAGCACUCAGACAGAGCGAUCGUGGGACCCCCUCUGUGCGCACUCCUGUACCCUACCACACCUGCCUCACGCCAACAGGAUGUACUACAGUCACAUGACUCUGCCCAGUAACCAUAGAGACAGGUAUGAAUAUCUGCCGAACACGCCCAGAGACCUGGAGCACAGACAACGCCUGUCCUACAACGACCCAGAGUUCUCCAGCGGCGUUCCUCAGGGACAAAACUGUCUGAUCGGCUGCUGCGACUCCGAUGAACCCAGAAGCUUCCAGAGUCAGACUGAUGAGGAUGACAACAUGAUGGAGAAACCCGUCGGGUACCUGCCCCUCCACCACGAGCUGGACAGCGGACUCGGCUGGACAGACGGCAGUUUCCACCAGGGCGAGCUGUCGGGGGUGGAGACGGAGGAGGGGCUUGAGGAAUGCCACGGCCACGUUGGGGGAGGGUCGCCUUCGUCGGAAUCCUUUGUCUCAUCGGAACUGAGCGACUCGGGAUUUUACAGCGUCAGCACUAGCGAGUUUCUGCGUUUCCAGCGACUGCUAGAGAAACGCAUGCGCCAUUACAACGCUCGCAUUCACCACCAGGGGGAGCCGUGUUCCCGCGAGCGACGAGAAAGCCAGAUAAAACACCGCGAGCUUGAGGCUAUCCCUGAGGCUCUGACGGUGCAGCCUCAAAACGUCAGCGUACCCGCAGUUCAGGGGUCACGAGGUUUAUCCCAAGUGUCGUCCGUGCAGUACCGCAAAGAGGAGCGACCGUGUUUGAACAGACACAGCUCAAGCAGCGGCUCUCUGUUCAAUCCCGCGGGACACUCGACGUGCAGUACCCCAUCUGGCCAGUGGAGGCCACCACCGCAUCCUAGCUCCGCAGGAAUGUUGAGAAGAAGCAGGACGUUGCAUCACCGCCCGGCGCCCAUGCAGCACCGCAGGCGGGCGAGUCACCCGGCAUCGCCCAACUACUGCAGCGUAACACUGCAUCACUGCGGCCACAGAAACGACCUGCCGAUGGAGCUACCUGAAGAACCGGACGUCACCGUGAUGCACAGUGUGGACCACCCUGCUCACGCCGCACAGACUGCACAUGCAAUGAGUCAGCCGUCAUUGAUAUCUCCAGUUGACGACCAUCGCCGUGUUCCGCCUCCAAAUCUCCAAGACAGGAUCCGAGCAUCAACCGACCCCCAGCUACAGCAGAACUUUGUGACCGAGCAGCCGCCCGGCCGACAACGAGACGGGCGAUUCCACACCUUGAGUCACACGCCCAGUCAGGAUGCCAACGUUACCUGGCCUAAACCGGCCAACCGCCUGGGCGCGGGGGGCGGAGGCGGUCUCUACAGCACUCUAGAAGGCCACAUGCCCACUGCAGACACCCGGAAAACGCCCAGCGGAAAUUUGCGGGCAGUUCGAAACCAGAUGUUACGGGACCGAGCUUCCCGACUGGCGGACGAGCGUAGCGGCAUGAGUACGGACGAGGAAAGCCACACAGACGUCCGAAUGGGUCGAUAUUGGAGUCGCACUGAACGUCGCGAACAUAUGCUGCAGAAACAGCGACAGCAUCAGGCCAGAGGGGGCGUGGCUGUUACCGGAUUGGUGCAUGGGGGCGGGAUCAUGGGAGGAACUAACGUAGAUAACCGUUAUAGUACAGUUCUCGAACUGAGCCAGCGAAAACUAAGUCGUCUGAGGAACCGAAAGGUGCUUGACGACUGGACCACUGUAGAGGAACUCCUGACCCACGGAACUCGCCUCGGUGCGGGCGAAGACGCCCGACAGCUGCCCACGUCUUUACUCACCGUCACAACUGUAUAGCAACAGUUGCCGAGUGUGUGUUUAGGUGUGUGUGUGUUUGUGUGUGUUGGAUCUGCCCGCACUACACAAAGCUACCUCCUGAAUUAGAGGGUUUACUGUAGUUACAAACGUUUCCACGGUAGUACAUUGAUUUGUAAGUGUUAUAUUUCCAGUAUCUUGUUUUGCAUUGUGUUGUAAAGAGACGUUUUAUUACAGAGUGAAAUUACCACAGUUUGAUUCGACCGCAUGAAGCAAUACAACAGAGAUGCCGAUACCAGAAAAUUUACUUUAUGGAUAAUUUAAGGCGGUGCUAACAGUGAGAUUUCAUUUUAUUUGCAACUAGCCAAUACACGGCAUCCAGAUUCUGUCACUUUCGCACAUAUACGAAAUUCCAGCACCGGAGUAAUUUUAGUAGGGCCGGUGAUCAGGUGUGCCGAGUUACGGUAGCGAUCGGCAGCGGAGUGUAUGUUGUGAGUUUUAAGAGUUCUUGCAUUAUAACUGUAGUUCUGUAGAUUGUUUUAAAAACUAUUUUUCUUGUCACAAAAAGAAACAAAGAACUUUUUAUAGACUAAAAGAAUCAUAUUGAAAGAAGAAGUGGUGUUAACAGCGGUAAAACAAUUUGUCGAGCUUGACGAUGCUCUGAACUCUUCCUAUUGGUUAAAACUUUUUCAAUAUUGUCAGUGCACCAGGGGGCUUCAUUCAUGACACGAGCACAAUUCAUUUACAUGUAUCUCGUUUUGGACCCAUUCUCAUGUACAUUUGAUGCAAUAAUUUACGUAAAAACUAUUUUCACAAAUCAUUGCAUGAUGCGACAGUUUAAUAGGAAUUGAUUUAAGAGCGAUUUACUCAAAUAAUUUGAUUUGCGUAAUGGAAUGGUUACAUAAAUAAUUUUUACGCGGAAAAUGUUGCAAUAAAUAAUUAUCGCAAGAAUGGUUUUACAAAUAAUGUCCCAUAAAUCACAGCACGAUUCGUCAAUUUACUAACGAACGGUUUUAUGAAUGAAGCACACAUACAUCCGAGACAUCUGUUUUAGAUCUUUUGAUCUGGAGAGCAUCACAAUCUGAUUAACAUCUGCUGAACGUCUGAAUAAGAUCAGAUUUACAGACAUCUGCUGACGUGUUGCAGAUGAGCAAUAACGUAAAACAAUACGUCUUCCAGACGUCUAUAUGAUGUUUGUGUUUACAUCUUGAAGUUUCCUCAUCUGCAGUUCCCUCUUGGAUGUCAAUAAGACAUUCAGCAGAUGUCUCUGAGACGUUUAUGAUGAAUCGGAUCUUUUUAAGAUGUUCAGCAGAUGUUUUAAAGACGCUCUAAAACAGAUAUCUCGGAGAUGUACGUGUGACAUCUGGGAAUUCGUUUUUUACUAUUAAGCAUGGAUUUAGGAAUCGAAGGAAAUUCAUUAUUCUUGUGUUUCACGAAUGAGGCCCAACUGGUUUUGCAAAGUAGAAGGUGUACAAGUAUUUUGGUCACCUGUGUUAGCGUGUGAUUGUUUUUGUUUUUUGAGGGAAUCAGGAUGUUUCCCCACCUGCACUAAUUGUGGUGCACAAGCACUGGAGUGUUUACAAUUUCCCCUCACAACUGUGACAAUGCGACACAUAUCUCUCUCUCUCCCUCGUUUCUGAGGUGCAAUCACGCCAUUUUCACCACGAGUCAAGCGCUGUGAGCGGAUGGAACAUCUUCUGUGCGACACACGGACUAUCAGAACUCUCCCAUCGAGUUUCCACUUUACAAAUGGUUUUCUUGGAAUAUGACGUACUACAUGUGCUUGUAAUAAACAUGAGAUUUUCAUGAGCUACUCCUUGAAGUGUGUGUGGCCUCCAAUAAAAUCAACCCCUUUCAUUUAAUUCAGAACUACAUUUCUGAAAGAGAAGGUGUGAUGAAUGUGCCUUAAUCUAGACCGUCAGUGACUCUCAAUUCCAACACAUUUUCUCCCAAUUUUGUAACGCCCAAUCUUCACUACUUAGCAGGUCCUCGUGGUGGUGCGGUUACUCGCCUCAAUCUGGGUGGUGGAGGACGAGUCUCGGUUGCC